GCAGGUGCACGGGGGCGCGGGGCGCACGGCAGGCAGCUGACAGCCUCGUCACCGCGGCGCGAGGGCGCGCGCCCCGCCUGCCUCCGGGAGGAGCUGCAUCCGCACAGCCUGCGCUGCCCGUUCCUGUGCGAGGCGAGCUGGGAAGGAGCGCUGAGCAGAGUUGUGCUCUUCAUCAGGUACUUCGGUUAUAGUUGGGUCCCCAAGCAACAUGCCGGAACAGAGCAACGAUUACCGGGUGGCCGUGUUUGGGGCAGGUGGUGUUGGCAAGAGCUCUCUGGUCUUGAGGUUUGUGAAGGGCACGUUCCGGGAGAGCUACAUCCCCACUGUGGAGGACACCUACCGGCAGGUGAUCAGCUGUGACAAGAGCAUCUGCACACUGCAGAUCACGGACACCACGGGAAGCCACCAGUUCCCGGCCAUGCAGCGGCUGUCCAUCUCCAAAGGGCACGCCUUCAUCCUGGUCUACUCCAUCACCAGCCGACAGUCCCUGGAGGAGCUCAAACCCAUCUAUGAGCAGAUCUGCGAGAUCAAAGGGGACGUGGAGAGCAUCCCCAUGAUGCUGGUGGGGAACAAGUGUGACGAGAGCCCGAGCCGAGAGGUGGAGAGUGGGGAGGCAGAGGCCUUGGCCCGCAGGUGGAGGUGUGCCUUCAUGGAGACCUCGGCCAAGCUCAACCAUAAUGUGAAGGAGCUCUUUCAGGAGCUGCUCAACUUGGAGAAACGCAGGACCGUGAGCCUGCAGAUCGACGGGAAGAAGAGCAAGCAGCAGAAAAGGAAAGAGAAGCUCAAGGGCAAAUGCACCAUCAUGUGAGCGCCCUUCCUGGGCAUUCACCAUCCCCUCACCCCGCCCCCCCACCAUGUGAAACCCACGGCCCUCCGGGUAGCAUGUAUGAUGCCCAUGUGUUAGAUAUUGCAUUUUGACCGAGACACGCCCUGUUGCCCAUAAGAGGGAAUUCAUGCAACCAACAGUAAGCACCCCACUCCAGAAGCAGGGAGGUUAAAAUGAAAACCACGCAGCUCAGCAUCACAGGGAUUGAGGGACCAGCCAUUUGGAAGGUGGGGUUUGCCAUGAGGAGGUGGUAAGGCUCAUAUCCCCAGACGUGGCGUGUGCUGGGAGGAGCAGCUGCAUCUGUAUGUGUGUCCGAGCAUGUCACCCUGGAGCCACAGGCAGCAGCCCAGGCCAGGUGACCCUCUGCUCGGAAGCCCAUGACACCUUGGGGGGCGGGGGAGGAGGCAGUUAGAAGACAGGCCAAAGCUGUUCCAUCUCAUGGUUCUUUAACUGAAUUACCAAUAAUAUGACAGCCUCCCCAGAGAUGCUCUUGUCAAUUCCCAGCUGACCUGAGAGCCUUGCUACCCUGAGGGGGUAUCCUCACCUCACUAGACCUAGUUAGCAGGUAUCAUUUUAACCUUUUAUAGAGUGUUUAUUUUCACACACAGUGAUGAAUUCACUAAGGGUGAGCUGCUGAGUCAAAAAUUCUUCAGUGUUUAAGUGACGAUGUACUGAUGUUACUAAACCAUUGCAAUAAUGCAUCCAUGUGUCAUAUUUCGAGAGUUUUAGAAAUGUGCCAUUUCCUUCCUCUGACCCACGAGGGGUAUAACUUCUUCCAGUCCUCAGAUUUUAAAUAAAAGCAAUUGAAAUAGCUAUUUUUAGACAAUUAUUUUCCUCCAAGAUGGUUUUCAAUAACUCUGUCUGUAUCCAGCUGGGUAACAGCUAACAAAGGCCAUCUAAAGACCAGAAGCACAUCCACUUUUCUAAAUGACAGGAACAUACAGGCGCCAUUCUUGCACCUUAAUGAAAUACUUUGAAACAGAAGUUGUUCACUGUGUUUUUGAUGAUCUAUCUGUAGCAGAAGUAUACUCCUGGAAAAUGCAUUCAAGUAAUAGUAGAGUGUCUUGCAUGUUCCAUUGUAAAUGUCUCCUAAGAGCUGUUCAGUGCAGUGUUCAUUCUAGAAUCAAGUAUCUUUUCCUCCUAAUGUUCUGUGUGCAUCCUUAAUCCUUCAAACCACAUCAUGGCCACUGCAGGUUCCUGACCGUGGCUGGGGCGGGCGAGCUGCUCUGUUGCGGGCAGGGCAGGGUGUGCCCCGUUCAGCACCUUCAGCACCCUCCCUUCAUCCAGGCUCGUUUGCUCUGCUGCCCAAAAGCACCCACUGACAGCCUGAGUUCCGUUAGGUCCAGUUGGCAGAAGCUUCCCUCAGCAGGGCUUCCUGCUCACACGCCUGGCAGGCAGGGUGGCAGUAGUGCACCCCGGCUCGCUCAGGGGAGCUUCCUGCGCUGGCCAGAGCAGCUGCCAAGUCGGAGAUGUGUGCAUACCCCGCCUUGAGUUUCCUCCCUUCUGCACCUUCCGUGUCUUUACCUAACGUGUGCUAAAGCAGCCCUUUCUGGCCCAUUGUCCUUGGCGUAGUCUCCCCUCUGCUCUCCUGCUGACCCAGCCCUGUGAUGUGCUCGGCGUGUGGGAGGCCCACGGAGAAACGUUGACUCCACCGGGUUCCUGUUGCCCUGGCCCUAAAAGCGAGCCCAGGCGGGGCCGGCAGGGCGGCAGCCUGGGCGCUGGUGUGGGCGCGGCGCCCCUUGGCAGGCUUCUCGCGGUGCCCGUGCAGCAGCCUCUGGCUGGUCCUUCUGUUCCCGGGGGCUGCUCCGCGGCCUCCAUAGUGACAUCUAGUGGGCGGGUUUCCGGGAACAUCUGCUUUUCAGCUUGUACCUACCUUUUUUUCUAUUCCUAUUCUCAGAGAUGUUAUCAGUUUGUAACUUGGAUAUGGGUUAAGUGAAAGGAGGCACAGGACUUUGUGCCAAGGUGGAUUUUUAGAGAGCUUGGGUGGGUCCUUUGUGAAGUCAGAUGUGACCGCAACCUCACACCAGCUGUCCAUCUUCGAGGCCAGUGCGAGACCUCCUUGCCAGGGUCCCUAGGCUGGAAUUCCUCAUAGCCCUAUCAAGCUGGUAUCUCUGUUUUUAUGUGUCUAGAGCUUCGUGGAUAUGAGAAGCCUGUAGUAAGUACAAAUCUGAUCUCGGAACAUAUUUUAUCCCUUUGUAGCUUGCCUCUUGAGUUUAUAAAGAAGGCCCUGCACCUCCAUCUCGGCUCUUUGUUCGUGUAUUUUCUAUGCACUGCACUGGGGGUGUUGAUGAUCAUCUCAAAAUACUCUUAGGGGCUCCCCAGCUGUCUCAGGGCUUGAGGAGUUAGUGCCACUGAAUCAGAUGUCUUUGGCACAUUUGUGGCCCCAUCGCAAAUACGUAGCUACGGUUCUUGAGGACACAUCUUACACUGCGUACAGGCACAGAAGUUUUCAACCUAGCCACAGUUAAGUUACACAACUCAGAAUAUUGCUUCGAAGAUGGCACUCUGGUAAUAGCAUGGAACUCCAUGGGUUCCCUCCUGUCCCUGCCGGGCCCUCCUCCCUCUGGUGACAAGCCAUGGGCGUGCCCUGGGCAUGCAUGCAAUACAGCAAGACCAAUACAAGAGCAAUACAGAAUUGUUCAUUAGAUCUAAAAUUAUAUAUAUGACAUAUAUAUAAUUUAUCUUCCUGCAUUUUUGAAGUAUAAAAUAGUACAUUGUACAUAUCUAUAAGCUAGUAUAUUUGUCCCACUGUUUGUAAUAUUUAAGAAAUGCUCAUUCUUUGUAGAACAAAAAAUGUAUUAAAUAUAAAAAAAUUGCUCUGUGAUUUUUUCCCCCCAAUAUUUGUAAUGUGUUGCUCUUACAUAAGCCCUCUGGAAGAAUUAUAACUAAUGGGACAUGUGUCAGCCCGUGACACUCCAUCCGGGCAUCAGUACCCCACACAGACAGUAUGUGGACUGAGCAUUUGCAGAGCAUGAUUUUUAUACAAGUUGGGUAUCAGUGUGUAUAUUUAUAUUUAAGGUGUAUUUAUUGUUAUGAUUCCAUUCUCUAUUUUAUUUACUCUACAGUUAUACAAAUCACAUUGCAUACAAGUUUCUAGUUGCCACUGCUGUUCUGAAAAUAAUGAAACAUGGUAAAAUAAAGCAUCAGUU